CGUGCCUUUUUUCACGUGAGGCGUCCUUCCCCCUUCCUUCGGUGCAGCAGACUCCAACCCAACACAACACAAUGGCCCGUCACACCAAGAAGGUCGGCGUUGUCGGCAAGUACGGCACCCGCUACGGUUCUUCCCUGCGUAAGCAGGUGAAGAAGAUGGAGAUCUCCCAGCACGCCACAUACGUCUGCAGCUUCUGCGGCAAGACCUCCGUCAAGCGCAAGGCCGUCGGCAUCUGGCAUUGCAAGCAGUGCCGUAAGACCGUUGCAGGUGGCGCAUACACCUUGGGCACCCCAGCAGCCGCCACGGUCCGCGCGUCGAUCCGCCGUCUGCGCGAGAACCAGGGCCUGUAAGCGUGGUCUCCGUGUCUUGUCAAUGUCCCCCCUCACCGUGUUUCUUCCUUUUGGCUCUUUGCAUUGUCCUUCCCUUUGAACCACAUGUGACCUGAGCCGUUUCCAUACAGUACAAAGGUUGGACCUCACA